AUGGGGUUGCGUGGAUUGGCUGGAAAGGCAAGGUCUGAGGGAACUGGUGCUGCACCACCCGCUGCUGUUCCAGUGUCUUCUGAGAAGGGGGUCAUGGAUGCUCAUGACACGGGUGGGGAAUUUGAGCGUGUAAAAGAGAAGGACUCCACUAGGGAGAACCAAGGAGGAAAGAGAGGAAGGGAGAAAAUUCAUGAGGAACAGCGCCGGGAGAGGGAAAGGGAAAGAAGAUUGGAGGACAAGGAUGCUGCAAUGGGGAAGAAGAGUAACCUUACCAGAGAUAGAGAUCGUGACAUUAGUGAGAAAGUUGCUCUUGGGAUGGCGUCUACUGGAGCAGGAAGAGGAGGAGAGGUUAUGUAUGACCAGAGUGUUCAACCAAUAGAAGGGAAUGGAUUCCGGGCAUUCUCGGGCACCUCUGAUUCUGAUAAGGCUGGCCCGAGGGAUAGACCUGUGGAAUUCGAGAGAGAGGCCGAAGAAGCUGAUCCAUUUGGUCUGUACCAGUUCUUGACAGAGGUUAAGAAGGGUAAGAAAGCCAUGGAUAAGGUGGAUAGUGGAGUAACUAUGAAAGCAAUUGCUGGGUCAUCCAUGCGAGAUCUGGUAGAACUAGUAUUGCCUUUGAAAGCGGGCGUUAAAAAGUUAUGUCAGUUGAGGUCAUGGUUUGACCCCUUGAUUUACCAAUGCCUAUGUUUCUCAAUUUGUGCUGGCUGA